AUUGUUGUUAUUUUUUAAUUCGUCUAUCAUUCUUUCUUCUGUUCAAUUUCCAUAUACACAUUCAUAUAUAUAGAGGGGGCCUCCAUUGAUUCCCUUGUGUAGCUAGAGACAAACUUAAUUUCACACUUGAGCUUACCUUUGUUUCUUCAAUCAAUGGAGUUUGAUCAGCUUCCUGGCUUUAGGUUUCAUCCCACUGAAGAAGAACUCUUAGAUUUCUACCUCAAAAAGAUGGUAUUAGGAAAACAGCUUCAAUAUUCUGAUAUCAUUGCUUUCCUCGACAUUUAUCAUCAUGAGCCUUGGGAUUUACCAGGGCUGGCAAAGAUAGGGGAGAGAGAGUGGUAUUUCUUCGUGCCUAGAGAGAGGAAGCAUGGGCAUGGUGGAAGACCCAAUAGAACUACUGCAAAUGGUUAUUGGAAGGCAACUGGAUCGGACCGCCCCAUCCGUUGUUUGACGGAUCCUAAAAGGUUACUGGGCCUUAGAAAGACUCUGGUUUUCUACACCGGGAGAGCACCGAGAGGAUCCAAAACUGAUUGGGUCAUGAACGAGUACAGAUUGCCCAGCACCUGCUCCAUACCGAAGGAGGACAUAGUUCUUUGCAAGAUAUACAGGAAGGCAACAUCACUGAAGGUUUUAGAGGAAAGGGCAGCUACAGAAGAGCUUGCUAGGGCAUCCCAUCUCACAUCUUCAUUCACCAUGGCAGAAGAAGAAGAAGAUGCUCUUUCUUUCUAUGACCAACAAAUGAACUUCGGUAACUUUAUGUAUUUGCAAGGCAUUGGUGAUCAGGAAGUAGAAGAAAAAAAGUGGUAGUAAAAGCUAGCUAGAUUGAGGAAGCUCAAUUAGUUGAGUUUGGAUUGGAUUAUUGAUCUAUGUUAGGUAUGGGCUCUAGUAAAAAAGAGUCCCAUACAAAUGUGAAGGAAUGUAAAUGUGUAUUCAAUAAUUUCCUUUGUAAUUUAGUUGAAGAAAUUAGUAGACGAUAGCGAAUUGGCAGAGUAUUGAAUCUUUGGUUGUAGGAAUAGUAGGAGUUAGUUGUUGGUGGAGUUAACAUCCAACUUCUAAAAUUUGGAUUGCUUAGCUUGUAUAAAAAAUUGUCAUUAACGGAUCUUUUUUGUCAA